AUGCUGCAACUCAAACCAACUCUUCAAAACUUCAUUAAGUGUGAAGUCGGGGAUGGAACCACUGCUUCUUUCUGGUAUGAUAAUUGGACUGACUUUGGACAGCUAAUCACCUUCCUCGGGGUAGCGGGUCCUAGUCAACUUCGAGUCAGAAGAAGCGCAACGGUUAUUGAAGCCUCAAGGAAUGGUGACUGGAACCUCCCAGCAGCCCGAUCAAUCAAAGGUCAAUCUCUUAUGGUAGCCCACACUGAACUUCCUGCUCCUGUGGUAAGUCGUGGCCCAGACAUGUUCCUAUGGCGCAAAGCCUCUGGUAAUUACUCUCAUACAUUUUCCUCCAAGGAAACAUGGGAGCAAGUUCGACAUAGAUCCCCUAUGGUCCCGUGGGCGGAGAUUGUUUGGUUCAAACAGCAUGUCCCACGCUACUCCUUCAUUGCCUGGUUAGCAAUGCUUAACCGGCUUCCUACUCAAGAUAAGCUCCACAGGUGGGGAAUGAAUGUUCCUACGUCUUGUGUCUUAUGCUCGUCUGGGGUUGAGAGCCAUGCCCAUUUGUUCUUUGAAUGCCCCUUUUCCACUGACUUGUGGGGCUUCCUGGCUGCAAAGUUUAUUCCAAACCCUCCCUGCAAUCUUUCUGCCGUUGUAUCGUGGAUCGCCUCUUGUAAUUCGCCUCCUCAAGCCAACACAGCCGCCAUUCUCAAGCUCCUCCUUACGUCUAUUCUAUAUCACGUCUGGAAGGAGCGUAACUCCAGGAUCUUCACCAACGCCGCCUCCACCAUCCACCAGCUCUGGACUGCUGUUGAUCGUGCAAUGCGGGAUAGGCUUAUGUCCUUCACGGGCCCUUGCUUGCACUCUUCUCUCCUCCUUACCUACUUCUCUCAUGUUUCUCCUGUAUCCUUUUGA